AUGGAAACAAGUUCGAGCAUGAAGAUCCCAUGGAGCUUGUUGUUUCUAUUGUUUUUAGGGGUGUUUGCUGCUAGGGUUGAAGUUAGUUACGGACAAAAAGCAGCCAAACUAGGAGCAGGAGCAGGCGCCAGUGGAGGUGGCGACGACGGAGGGGACGGAGACAAGCCGGCUCCUCCGCCGGAGCAAGAAGACUGCGACGGCAUCUUCUUGACCUACACGUUCAUCUCGCGCGAGAAGGAAUAUCCGCGCAAGAAGAACGUGUCGGCGCAAGCGUGGGCGUUCACGUCGGAGGCGAGCAUCUUGAACGCCGGGACCGAGACGCUCAAGGCUUGGAAGAUGUACGUAGGGUUUCAGAAUCGAGAGAUAUUGGUGUCGGCCGACGGGGCUGUGUUGGUGGACGGUAGUGAUUUUCCAGCCUCCGUUGGGAAAAAUGGGACGUACCUUUCAGGAGAUCAACAAACCGACUUGAAGAACUCCGUCGAUACGGCCGGGGAUAUCGAACAGAUUCAGGCAAAGAUUGCUUUCAAGGGAACACAGUUUGGCCUCCCGGCCAAGGCAGUACCCAUGCCCAAGACCAUUCGCCUCGUCAACGACGGAUACAAGUGCCCUGCACCUCGUAUUCGUGGAAAGACAAACAUGUUCGUAUGCUGUGUACCGGACCCAAAGUUCAAGGUGAAGAAAGACGAUAAGGACUCCAAAUUCUUGCCUAGACAGAAUGGUGACCUCUCCAUCACAUACGAUGUGCUGGAUUCUUAUUCAAACAACUAUAUGGCUCAAGUCACCAUCGACAACUUGCACCCACUCGGCCGUCUUGACCACUGGAACUUAACCUGGGAAUGGCAGAAGAACGAGUUCAUCCAGACCAUGAGAGGCGCCUAUACUCACAAGAAGGACAUGUCCGAGUGCCUCUACGGCCCGGCCGGAAAAGCAUACAAGGACAUGGACUUCUCUAAGGUCAUGAACUGUGAAAAGAAGCCUACCAUCACCGACCUCCCACCGACGAUGAAGGAUGACGAGAAGGUUGGAAAGCUGCCCAAGUGCUGUAGAAACGGCACCAUCUUACCGACUAUCAUGAACGAGACGCAGUCACAGGCACAGUUCCAGCUCCAAGUCUUUAAGCUUCCACCUGAUGAUAAUAGAACCGCUCUCACUCCACCACAGAAGUGGAGUAUCUAUGGCCCUGUGAACCCUAACUACGUAUGUGGACCUCCGAUCAGAGUCGCACCGACUCUGUUUCCCGACCCGAGCGGCCUCCAGUCUACGACAGCUGCAGUUGCAUCUUGGCAAGUGGUAUGUAACAUAACCAAGCCAAAGGUGCCUCGCUGCUGCGUUUCGUUUUCCGGCUACUUCAGCGAGUCAAUUGUGCCGUGCAACACUUGCGCUUGUGGCUGUAAAGAAGAUGAGAACCCUAACUGCGACCCAAGAGCCAAGGCAAUGCUUCUACCAGCAGAAGCACUCCUUGUGCCUUUCGCCAACAGAACUCAAAAGGCAAAAGCGUGGGCCAAAAUCAAGCACUUUGACAUACCCAAAAAGCUUCCAUGCGGAGACAACUGUGGAGUUAGUCUCAACUGGCACAUAGACUCGGACUACCAGAGUGGAUGGACAGCUCGUCUAACUCUCUUUAACUGGGGGAAGGAACCAUUUCAGGAUUGGUUCACGGCAGUAGAAAUGAACAAGGCUUUUCUAGACUAUGAAAAUGUGUACUCAUUUAACGGAACGAGAAUGGCCAAGCCGAAAAACACCAUCUUGUUCCAGGGUCUGAAAGGUUUGAACUACUUGAUAGAAAUGAGAAAUGCGACCAACCCAAAAGACCCUCGGGUACCCGGAAAGCAGCAGUCGGUUAUUUCUUUCAAGAAGCACCACUAUCAUGGUAUUAAUAUAAAGGCUGGUGAAGGUUUCCCAUCAAGAGUCUUGUUCAAUGGAGAGGAGUGCUCACUUCCUAAGCGAUUCCCCAACGGCGCAGAUCAUCAGGCCAGUAGUAAUGUCCUCCUCAUCUUGUUCGUUGCAAUUGCGAGUUUUGUGUUCAUGACAGACCGCUUCCACUGA